ACACAGCUAACCUCAAACCAAUAAUGAAUAGCAUCAAAUCCGUGAUUGUGUGCUGCCUCCUGGUGGCCGUCUCCGCCGGUGUAGACCGAAGGAGAGGUGGACAAGGAUCCAACAGAUUCCUUUCUGGAGGCUUCGGUGGCGUCCAUGGAGGUGGUCUUUUCGGCGGCGGUAUCCAUGGUGGUGGAGUCCAUGGUGGUAGUGCUAUUAUCGGUGGUGGAGUCUCCAAUGGCCCAAGUGAAUGCAGAUAUUGGUGCAAGACUCCGGAGGGUCAAGCCUACUGCUGCGAGACGGUGCAUGAGCCAGAAACACCUGUUGGGACCAAGCCACUCACUUGCCCACAAGUCCGUCCCACAUGUCCACGUUUCCAUGGCCCUCCCACUACCUGUUCCAACGACUACAAGUGUGCUGGCCUCGAUAAGUGUUGCUUCGACAGGUGUUUGGGAGAACACGUGUGCAAACCUCCUUCAUUUUUCAAUAAUCAACUAUUCUUUUAAAGGUGCUUAUCGCUAAUAAGGAGUCAUCGGUUUUCCGGUUGAUAACGGAAGAUAGGAGAUCUGUGAUUUGUAGAUAUUUUUAUCUUAAUAAUAAAUCAUAUAUUUAUAU